AGGAAGAAGGAAGAGCAAUGGCGACGCAGUACCGCCGUGCGCUCACACCGGAGCAAAACACGGGAGCCAAAACACACACCAUUUUUGCUGUGAAACUGGUGAGAAGAAGCUCUUGAAGUGAUACAGAGGUGGUCAAACUCAGUCCUGCAGAAAUGCUCAUGUAUGGUCACGUCUCAGCCCAUGAGGAUUUCUGCCAUGUCUGCGAAAGAGUCUAUAAGCCUCAGGACAUCCUGACUCAUUACGGUUGUUCACAGUGAGUAGACGGGAGCGUCUCCAGUCAUCCAGAGCCAUGCACAGCAAGAAUCAGCGGAGGCACUGCUCGCCCAGCAGCUCCAGGACGCCUCUGGUUCCUGUAAAGGCCAAGCUGUCUGUGGGUCAGAGCGACGGGGAGCCGCUGGCCUUCAGGGUCCCUCGAGAUUACCCUCACUCUCGCUUUAGCAGGGCCCCGCUGGCCGUCUACCCGCCCAAAGGAGCCCGAGCCAAAGCCUGCGUGUCUUUGCCGGUGGUGAGUCUGGAGAAGAUGCCGUGUUUCAGCAGAUCGGAGGGCUCUAAUAUUAAAGUGAACUCCACAUCUGCGUCUCCAGCUUCUUCUCUUUCCUCCACGUCUUCCUCUCCAUCUUCCGCUCCUCUUAAAUCCUCCUUGACGUCUCCAGCAUCUCAGAAAAGUCAGGAGAAACUGCUGAACGGCCGCGGUCCUGUGAUGCCUCGCUCGGUCACGCCCCCAUCCAUGAUUGAUAGGCGGCCCAGCCCAUCACGGUCGCCUCUGGAGAAAAGGCCCGCCCCCUCCACCUCCCCACUGGAUAAAAGACCUGCGAGUUCUACAUCUCCUUCCCUAUUGGACCGCAGAACAAUAGUCCCGCCUUCUUCUCCAGACAAGAAGCAGCAGAAUGGAGCCAAAGGUGGGAAACAUCGGAGGUUGUCAGGGCGAGUGUUUGAUCCUAAUAAACACUGUGGGGUUUUGGACCCAGAGACAAAGCGGCCUUGCACUCGAUCUUUAACCUGUAAGACUCACUCUCUGACCCACCGGAGAGCGGUCCUGGGGCGAAGGAAAGAUUUCGACAUACUCUUGGCGGAGCAUAAAGGACGGGCGAAAGAGAAGGAGACGGGGCCGAAAAAAGAUGUUCAAGCAGGCAGCCAAUCAGUGCAGGUCACACCGUCACAUGACGAAGCAGCCAGCCUAUCAGCAAGCUGCACCAAUGGCAAGACUACGCCCACCCUCAAACUGCGGAUGGCCAAUUCACACUUGCACAAAGUGUGUGGUGGUGGUGCCGGUGCAAUGGUUUUGAGCUCAGCACCUGCUCCUCCUCCUCCAGAACCAGUGCCCAGCUGGCAGAAACCCAGCGUCGACACACGUCUGUCCAGUGAUGAAGGAGAAAUCGAGCCAUUUGAGGAGUCUGAGAAGCUGCUGUGCCAUUAUUCACCACACCACCCUCGAGCUAUGAGCUGCUGUGCGUUCAGCAGUCGGCUGAUGGGACGGGGUCAUUACGUGUUUGACAGACGGUGGGAUCGGGUGAGGCUGGCUCUUCACUGCAUGGUGGAGAAACACGUCAACUCUCUGAUGUGGAGGAAAGUCCCUCUAGCGGUGGAAAGUGCGUCUGAAGUCUCUCCUCUGAGCUCAGCGUUUCUCUCAGCUCCUCUGGACGGCGUCUCCAUGCUUUCUUUUUCUCACAACGGCGCUGGCGUUUUCUGUAUUCGGGACCCCGAACCGGGACCCCGACAGCAGAGGAAAAAACCGGCCAAAAACCAGAAAGCCUCAGCGGAAACACCCAAAAAGCGGAAGAACGGGAACAGCUAUGAUUUUCCAGCGCACAUCAGUAACGGGACGGCAGCUCUGAGUUCGAGGGCCAAACGAGUGCAGGAUCCCGCAGGCAUCCCGUCUCUCAGUGUUAUGCCAUCUGGAGGCUCUGAUGGGAGGAAGAGGAAGAGUUCGGGGUCGAGCACCGGCAGCGACAAACCCAGCAAAACCACCAAAUCUGCACUGGAUGGGAUAUUCAGGAAGAGCAGCAGCGUUUUACUAGCUGCGGUCGCAGAAACGCCACAAAACACCCUGAGCAGACAGGCUAGGGUCCCUCACUGAUGCAGUGCAAAUCUGUGGUGACGCUGGAAGCUCCUGGAUGUCCAGUGGUUCCUGAUGGGACUCCAGCACUGUGUCUGUCCUGCCUUUAUCCACCGCUGCCUCUGUCCCGCUACGGUUGAGUCUCCGCAUAUUCGUUCACUUUCCCUACAGGGCUUCUUCCUAUCCCUUCCUGUUAGGAAAAUAAAAACACAAAAAAAAGCUUCAUCUGAGAGUUGCUUUGAAAUGACGAUGUUUCAAGACCUUCAGUUUCCGAUUUUUAACCAGCACACGACCUGUUUCAGACAUUCAGCGAUGCACAUAUUAAGUUUUAUUUUGUAAAUACGGAGGGAAACCCUUCUUCAGACUCAGCCGUGUCGAUCUGAAGUGCACUUAAAUUCAUGCCUAGACAAUAGGAGGGGAAUUUAAACGUUUCAAUUAAGGGAAUAUUUUACAGACGCUUUUUUUUUUGGCAAGUCGUAUUUUUCUAAAUGGGAUGAAUUCAGGUUUUUGAGUAUUUCUUGCGUGGAUUCAGACGUCAGGACUCGCACGCCUGUUGUAAAGCGACUGAUGAAUUUUGUAUAAUAAUUUAUCGUUCUUUAUUAAUUUUUCUAACAGACCCGAUUAGUGCUUCACACGUUGAGCAGAAGUAUAUUUGUAUGCCAUUUAAAAAAAAAGUAUUAUUGUUGGAAAUGUGUGUACA